CCCAGCAACCCGGCGUGAGCCCGUCUGGGACCUGMUGACGUCAACAGCAAUGAGAUGACAAGGAAGWAGAGGGCCGUAGAGGCCACGUYGUCACAAGCGAGACGUCCUGACGAUCGCCGCGCCAUGGUCGUUCCAGACACGUUGCCGGCUGCCAACUCUCCACAGCAGAAUGAGCAGAUAGGUUCAGAGGGAGAAAGGAAGACAGCAACAGAAGGAGAAAGCAAGCGGAGACUGCCGGCUACACAAAAGCGGUUGCCUUGCAAGAAAACUAAAGAUCGUGAGAAACAAGCGGAGGAGCGUGCAGCGCGUGAGAAGGAAGAGCAGCUGAAGAAAGAGAGAAAGAAGAAGGAACGAGAAGAAUUUCACAAGGAGAUAGACGAGGCUAUGAAUGCUAGGUUGGAUGCCGUAUGCGCGGCUUUACUCGAGAAGGGUCAGAAUAAGGAACUUGACAAAUUGAAGGCGGAGGUUGAAAGCCUGAGACAAGCGCAAUUUACUGUUGGGACAGUGGGCGACCGUGGAGGGAGUUCGCCCGAUGUUAUCAAGAAGUACACGCAUGAGAAGAAGGAAUCAAGCAAAAAAAUUUUGGAGGAUGAGCAAAGAUUGGCGAGGAUGGAGAACGAGAUUCAACUGUUAAGGAAGAAACGUGAUGAUGUGGUUACUGACGCCGAAAAUUGGAAAACUGAGGCGUUACGACCAGGAAACAAACGAGGCGGAAUCGUCAUUGAAACCCCUUCCACCCACGCUAGGGUACGACCACGUUGUACAUUAAUGAAGUCCCCGUCUGCUUCACAUGUGGCCGGUAUGGCGGCAUGUCACGCUCGAGAGGUGAGCGUGCUGAAGGAGAAGAGGGCGCUUGAACUGAACGACAGAAGGGUGACUGAGCAAAAAGCUGAGUCAUUGAGGGAGCAACAUGCUAUUGAGAUUGAGAAUAGACAUAAGGCUGAGCAAGAGAUCGAGAGACUGAAGAUGGCAUUGUCGAGGAUGGAAAUGGAGCGGCAAGAACGCACGCCAGCUACGAGCCUUCGCUCGAAGCUCGAUGAGGCGGCGAAGGGAUCAGUGAAGAAGUCUGCUAAAGGUAAAGAACCUGCAAAUCAAGGAGCACAGGCCAACAACAAGGAGGCGUUUAUCUUUGAUAAUAGGCGCACGUUAAGAGGUUUGAAGAAAGAUGAGGUGCUGGCUAUUUGUGCCAGAGAAGGGGUGACACAUACGGCAUUGGACCGUGCCAAGGAAGAUAUUGUGAACAAGAGAGUUGUUCUAGCGUUUGGUGAAUCGGUUGCUGUUGAUGUACCUGAUGACUCUAAUUGCUCUGCUGACCUCGCGAAGACUGAUGGAAGCACGUGGAUGGUUGAGAGUGACGGGUCCGUCGACGGGCUCGCCAAAGGAUGCGGGGUUUCAGGGAGGAUGUUCCGGGGAUACGGCGAGAGAGCGAUGGCUUUGCCCUUCUUCGUUCCCUUGGCGCCAUGCCACGACGAAGCCGUGCACUUGAAAGACUUCCUCGAGGUCUGGUCGAGUACAAUCGGCCCUAACAAUGCCAUGGACGUGGACCCUGGGACAUCGAUUAGUGGUGCCAUUGGGUUCGCGGGAGGAGAACGUUUUCGCGAAGGUGCGGGAGGCAGGGCUGGACUUGCCGGUACGCCUCCUGAUCCACAAGUGGGCAUGUCGGACGACUCGGGAGACGAGCGUGGGCAUGCACCUUCGAAACCUGCCUUGCAGGGGACAUGCUGGCGAGGUUUGCUUGGGGAAUCGCCACUUCCGACAAUGUCGGGAGUCUCCAUUCGCGAACGGUUGGAAAUGGCAUCGGCAACUCAUUCUUCCAGUCGCUUCUCCGCCGUGGUCGGUGAAUUGGUCCGUGACUUGAAGGCAAGUAAACAGUUGGCCAAGUUGUCGACGGACCUCCAACCGAAUAGCUCGCAGGUUCGAAAGGUGCGUGGGACGCAGGAGACGAGUCGGACGGAGACGGAGACGAAGACGAGCCCCCGACGAGAGGCAGAGGGGAACAUUGCCGGUGACGAGAAGCUGGUGGAGUUGGGGGCAGGUCUUCAGAGCUCGCCUGAAAAGAUUCCGGCCGGAGGGAAAUGGAACUUGCCGGUUGGGGAAGCAGGGGAAGGAGUGGCGACUCAUAAAAGACCAAGAAAGGAAGGAGGAAGUGGUCGGACACCGAAGACACAAGGGUGGGGUCCACAGGAGAAGAGGAAAAGGGUUGGAGAGGGGGGUGAUACGCCGAAAGAGCCCUCGGCGCGGAGAAGAACAGGCGAGUCUUCAGGGAAAAGGUCGAGGUUGGCGAAGGAGAAGACAGCGGAUGAGGACGUUAGUGGGAAGGGGGGCGGCGACGUGGAGGUGAACAUCGGCAACUUCAACCUCCACAAAGCGUUCUUCCUCGAUACCGAUGACGAGGUGCAGAAGGACGCCGUGUUGCGCGUCCACCCUGAGAGAAUCUUGCAUAUUCCUGAGUGGGAAGACGCGUACAACCACCGAUCCCUGGACGAGUUUCUCGUGGAUACCAUCGCGGAGGUCAUGAUCGAAUCCUACGAAAACACAAACAAGAAAUAUAUAAAGCCGACUUUGGUUCUGGCUCCGCUCGUCGCGCCGCCGGAGGAUGAGGUACCCGCUGUGCGCGUGCUGCCUCAAGACUUCGAUGCCACGCACCCGGAGAAGUACUGGUAUUAUCCAGUGUGUGGUCAGCAUAACGCGAGGGCGACGAUGAAACUGAAAGACCAUCCACUGUUCAAAAAGUUCAACAUGGGCGCUUGGCCUUUCAGACCAAUUUACUUCCCUGACGAGGAGUUCGACGGCGACGCCCAUGUCAGGUGCGAGGACAAUCUGAAAGACAAGAAGAAUCCACCAAGGUUGCAAAUUCUGUCGAUGCGGAACAUUCACCAAAUCUGGAAACGUAGGGGGAAACCGCAUGUCGUGCUCAGUAAUGUGUCGAAAAAACAGGAGGCGGUGCGUGAGUGGGUUAGGUUCAUGGGCUUGGCAAUGAAGAUGACGCCAUACGAGAGUUUGUGGGCACUAUCAGGGGAUGGUAAGAAGAAAAAGGAAUGGGUCGAGAAACUUCGGUACUAUCUGCCGCUGGCCAUGGCUGACGAGUCGGUUUUCCAAUUGGCGGAGAAGUUCUACAAGGAGUGGUCCGAAGGAAAACUUCUGGUGUCGAACGGCCAACGAUGGACUGAAAAUCCACCGACCAAUGAAGAGGUGGCCAGUUCGGGAGUGUCGAUCGACGCGCUAAGGAAACUGGCACAUCAGUUACGCGCACAUACUUGCGUGCUCGACUUGUGCGGAACCGUUGAUCGGUCGCGCUGGGAUGCGGGGGCUUUCGCAUCUCUUAGGGAUUGCCUCGGCUUCGUCUGUCAGGACUAUUGGACGUCGGUGGUGUUCGUCCCCUGCCUGUGGAACCUCCCAUUCAUGACGUCUUUGUCUGCACUCGGGGCAACACGUUGCUACACAGGGAACUGGGUGCGCAAAAUGCAGGUGAAGAAGACCCAUCAGUUCGGUAACAGCCUGUGGGAGGAGCCGGAUGUGAUGCACAUCCUUUUCAAAGGCGAGGAUCCGCUGCUGCUGACUCACCCUGUGUAYGAGGGAKCUCUUGYCGAAGACGAUGYCGCUGCUCUCCGYARGAAGCARAGAGCRACACCUACGGACGUUGUGGAGCAGCCUUUCAAGUCUUUGAAUUUCGCAGACUUCGAAAACCUCACCCAGCGGGGGACUGUGUACAAGGACCUUGAGAGGAACCCCAGUCAAUUGUGUAGUCAGCUGCAGUUCUUCUGUGGUGUGGCGGAUGCCGUGCUGUUCCUGGGCAAGCCGCACGCACAGGUGGUGUGGAAUAUGCUUCACACCGGCAGGCACAUCUUGGCGCUUGAUGGGGACUGCACACAACUUCAAUACACCCAGCAAUUUGUUGUCCACGAAGUCGAGUCCGGGGCUUACGAUUACGAUUUCCACCAGGUAACCGUCGAGCCAGUAUAUGAUCCUGAUAAGGACAUGUUCAUCAAGUUAACACCUAAGAAACGACGCCAGGUCUACGACUUCCUUUUCGCAACUACACCUCGGUGGAGACUGGAAGAGAUGUUCCUGCGGCGAAAGGAAGUCGCCGUUGCUGUACUCCAGGGAUACCACGAGGCGAGUCGGGCGAGCGUAAUGGAUUUCAUGAGGAGGUUGGAAUACGUAUUCUUCAAUAAAGGUGUGCAAAAACCGGAGGACUUCACUUUGGACAAGUAUAGGCUGGCAUUUGGCGAGGACGACGACUUCAAUAUCGACACUGAGCAGGAGGUGAGCGUCGAGGACGACCUUUUCGAUUUGGAUGRCCAAUUUAAAAUYUUCAAYGAGCAAUUCCCUUCUGAGUCGCCCUCGGUAKGCAAACYGGGAACACCGGUCGUUACACMCACGUCAGGCGGUCCCACACCCRGGUCCUCCACGGCGCCUSUCAAGAGGGGUGGGUUGUCCCGUCUGAAGAGCUCGCCAGGGGAGGCACUUCGUCUAACACCGCACCCCGAACGUUUAAAACCAGGCCAACCAGUUCCUCUUGACCAUCCGCAUCUGUUGAAUCCUUCGGUGCCGUACCACAUGGGCGACAAGCACACCUUUUCCAAAGCAGAAGAUUGGGGCCAUGAUAUCGUAUGGCACCCCGACCACUUCCAACCAGUCCUUCUUGACGACGAAUGGGCAGUGGUUGUGAGGGAGCAUACUGGGGGGUGGGCAUACGAUGAGCGAUGGGAACUUGGCACUUUCAGGGCUCAAGCCUACGACGCGGUAUUGGAGAACUUAAGUGAGGUUAAUCAACGAAACAAGGAGGACCCUGCUCUGCGAGCAUACGCGGAGAGCUUGUUCGAUCUGUUAGCUUCCAACAAAUGGUUGGAAAUAACCUCCGCGUUCUACAGCCUUCCGUCAAGCCCAUCAUUGAGCAAAGUGAAUUGGGAGCUUCCCGGGAUUACGCCGAUCGUAGCAGUUGUGAAGAAGUCUCGAGGCAAGGACGAUGAAGGGGAUGGUCAAGGCGGUGGUUUGCACGAAUCGGGGGGAGGAAGUGACCGCCCAUUGAUGAGAAGACACGCCUCGAUAGAGACGGGAAACGACUUCACGCCAGGAUUGAUUUCGCAACCCGCCGAGCAGGAGUCCAUAAUUAGGUCCACCAGCACGACACAUGUUAGCGCCAUAGUUGUCGGGACAGUUGCUGCUAAAGAUGUCAGUUGCCCUGCUCAGAAACGCUCCGAGGAUUGUCCCGGAUCCAUCGGAGUCACGAUAACGACGUCCUUGUCCGGAACUCAGUGUCAUGCGGAUAGCGAGACGACAACGUACCUCGGGUCCGACUACGAGAACCAGGAGCCGCUUUCCGUCCUCCUUCGUGAGGAAGUUCGGAUUAAUCCGAACCUGGCUGUGGUGUCCGUCGAAACAGCCGACCGGUCUGCGAAGCUUGAGCGGACGGGUGGGGUUUUCCAACACCCUGCCAGUGAACUUCAGAUUGAUCCGAACCAGGUGGUCGUGUCAACUUCGACGGCCGAUGGGCGUGAGGAUACCGAGAUGUUGUCCGUGGAAAUUUCAAAGGUCAUACAGGAAAAUUGUCCGUCUUCUGAAGUCUGUGUUCUAGACGUUGCCAUGGAAGCCCCAGAGAGUGAGUUAGCGCCCCCUUCCAGUGACAGGUCCCGCGCACCAGAACCGGAAUGCCCUGUUCCGGUGUGCACUUCGCUGGCUUUGAAAAGCGACUUUGCGGUGACAUCCGGAACGUCCGCGCCAUCAGGCCCUGCCGCGUCUCGGAUGAAUCCGAACCUGGGGGGCGUGGACGUGUCCAUCAAUGAUGGUGGUUUGGAGUCCGUGGUGUGGGGACACGUCGCCCCGUUGGACAGAGCGGAUGGAUUCGCGGGGAAUCGGAUUGAUCCGAAUCCGAGCGGCGUAGACAUGUUCAUUGACUCUCGGGGAGACGAAAUGCAGACCAUGGUCCUAGACGAGGGAGUCGUACCAGGUUCCGACGACCCCUUAUACUUGGGCCUUCAUGACGGCGCUAUAGGAGAGGAUAUUCUGAAGAAGGCUUCGGAGGGUUUUAAGGAUGGUUUGUUCUACGGAAGUGAGGACGACAAAGCCACAGUCGACGGCGACAAGAAGUUGAGGGAGGGAGAUAUCCUGUUGGACAUCCAAGGGGCCUUGAGCCUGCAGCACGACACUGGGGCUACGGAGAAGACACAACCUGUUCAUCUUGUCGACCUCGACUCUUUUAGUUCGGAGAAGGGCGGCAUGAAAUCGUAUGUGGCGAUCGUUGAGGAUAUGAGCCUUCAGGAAGAAGUUCUGCCGUCUGAAGUCCUCGACGCCAACAUCUGCUACCUUUCAAGUUUCCCGGCUGGUUUGGAGCACGUCGUCGCGGCGUCGACAUGCAGGUUCUCGCAAGUCGUGAUGGGACUAGCACCGGCGGACUCGGGCCACGUGGGAGCUAAGCCUGGUAAGCGGGUAUCCUCGAGAUGGAAGAGAACUCCUCGAAGACAUUGUGCGCUGUCGACUGCCGCUCAAUUUCGUCGCAACGCAAUUGCCGUCCCACAAUUUACGGGUGUCGAUGAUAAAUACGGGGAGCUUAACGAUGAGAUCGUCAAUUUCUACAUGGCGAUGGUACUGGACGACUGCAGCCGAUCCACAACUGCCAAGAAGACUUACACCUUUAACUCUUUCUUCGCGUCAACAUUGCUGCUCCGAGGGCCUGCAAGUGUGAUCAAAUCGGCUAAAGAUGUCGACCUCUUAUCUCAAGAUCUUAUCUUGGCACCCAUGCACAAUGGCGGCUCACACUGGAGCCUUUUGGCAAUUGACUUCUCUAGAUGUGUUUUCGAAAUCUUCGACUCGUUUGCCAGUUCGUCAUCGGAAGAUGACUUCUAUUCUACACUUUUCGAUUGCGUCGUUGAGUAUUUGAAUAUGGUGGCGAGUGCCACCGCCGAUCGUCGCACUUUCAACCGCUUCGCACGCGAGGUCUGCAAGAAAGGUGUCCCUCGGCAGCAGGACGGGGCUAGGGAUGCGCCAACCAAUGGCGCUUCAAGAAUCCCGAAACCCCCUCCCCUGCAGCCACCAAGUGGCGCCAAAGCCGCGCGUCCGCGAGGACAUGUCCGCGGCCUCGCGGCCUCGUCCGCGGCCGUGGACUUGGCUGCGCUUGUCCGCCGCCGCAGGGGAUUCAUAGGCGGCGGCGGCGGCGGCGAUGAUGCCCGCAGGGAGAUGGAUGCCGAGGCGGGCGGCAGCGCUACGACGACUAUGGUUGCUUCGGAAUCUGCCGACGGUGCUUCCAGCAUCGGCGGAGGUGGUUCUGUUGUCUUGAACAACGAGGUAAGGGGGAGAGCAGGGCGGGAGAAGCAAGGAGACAGUGGCGGCGACGGGGAGAAAACGCCAGAAGGGGGCGAAGGCGGUCAAGGCGGGAAGCAAGCGGGAGCGGGAGAGACAAAGGGAGGGGAAGAGACAGCCACGUGCAUUGUUUGCUUUGAUGAUAUUCUCGUUGACUGUCCUUGCCCCUGUUGCGGGCAGACCAUUUGCGCCGCUUGCCUGUGGAAGUAUGCCGCAUCGCGCAUUAACGAUGGAGAGGUGAGAGCGAUCGACUGUCCCGUGGCGGCAGCGCACGAUUGCUUGCGGAGUCCGAAGUGCGAGAACUGGUCGAUGCCGGCACCUUCAAGCACCACCAAGAUCAGCUGGCGAAUAAAUUCGUUGCCGCAUCGAACAAUAAUGAAAACGCCUUCGGCGUCGAAGAAGAUCUCCUCCAGAGGGCAGCAGAUACGUCCGCAGAACGUCGCUUCGCCUCACACUUGCGUCGACUCGACUGUCGUUUUGGAGCGUGGCUCCGGAACAAAGGCCAAGUCUGCGAGGCAAAAGGCUCUCGCAAGGAAAACGAGUGAAAAAGUGAAAGCCACGUCUGUAAAGGGGAAGGAGAAGGCGAAAGACAAGCAAGAAGAAAUCCAAGUGCCUCAGGGUUUUGUGACUGGAGAACGGACGGAUGAAUUGACCAAAGUUUGGGAGGAGUUGCAGAGCUUGAACGCUAAGAAAAUCUCCAAUGAGUCUUUCUAUCUGCCGAUGAGUUGCAUGCAAAGACCGCCUUUGGAUGCCAAAGGGAAAAGACCAUUAGAGGUGAGAGAGCCUGACGAGGAUCAUAUCAGUCUGCUCAUGGAUUCCAUGAUCAGGCAACCAGCUGGAGAUCAUCUUUCAUCCGUCGGCCUUGUGGACCCUAAGGAGGCAAAGGACAAACGAGCGGUAGAUUUGAACAAGCUGAGGGAUGGAAAGUACCACGUUUUUAUUCUUGGUGGUGGCCAUUGUCGGAAGGCAAUGGAGCGUCUCAUGCCGAUGUCCCCUGACAACAAAGAGUACAAGUUCAACGUUUGCUACGUUUAUGCAGGCUUGACCGUGGAUGAGGCACGGCAGGUCGCUCACAUGCGUAACCUCGCCGCCGGCUACCAUCGCGACAUGAACUUCAUCGAGAAGAUGAAGUGCCGGCGGCAAGUCUUUGAAAGCAAAGGGUCUGUUAAGUCGCAAGAGGUGAAGUUGGCGUGCCUUCGGGAAGCAUGUGUUCCAAACCCUUCAUUGAAGCUGGGGAACAAUGAUCCUCUACUGCAGGUUGCAAUGCAGCCAAAAGAAAUUUGGGACUUGCAACUGCGGAUUUUCAACAUGUGGCAAAGAGGGGAGGUGAAGGGUCAGAAGUUGAAGCCCGCGGCAAAGACUGCUAAGCUACAAGAGAUGACGCUUCUGAAUCCUCUGGUCCAGUUCAAGGACAAUAAAGUUGUUCUGGUGCCUGAGGACAUGCCUGCCCAACCGUGGAUCUCCAUGGGUAACAUGGCUCCUGAGAAUGUUGUUCCCAUUCUCCUCGAAGUCAUUUUGAAGACCAUCUCCAUCAAAGAAAUGGAGCAGAAAUUCAGGGUCGUCAAGAAACUGAACUUUGUCUGCAAGGCCUUUGCAGACGGUGUCGGCUGCAAAGAGUGCAAGGAGGUGGAGCAGAAAUAUACUUUGCACACCAAGAAGGAAGUCUUGGAGAAGUACAUUGGCAGCUUCGAGAAGCGUGGGAGUACACCUACUGCUCUGAAGGACCACAUCGUACGAGGAAAGGAGUGGAGAAAGAAGGAGGAGAGAUUAAUGGCCAAGGAGGCACAAAGAGCCAGUCUUCUGGCGUUUCGAGCGCAACCUCUGCCGGAGCCUUUUGCUGAUUGGACGGAGGUGAAACACGAGGGGGAUGCAGGGGAAGUCAAGAUAAUUUGGGGCGACAUGCGCCAUCUGUCAACACUGCAGAAGGAAAAGCUCCCGAUAUCGCUCGCCAUUUUCGACUUUCCUUACGGGUUUGCGCACAAAGGCCAUAAACGGGACACGGAGCCAUUUGCAGAGACUGAUGUUGUCGAGGUGCUGCAGAACGUCAAGGGCGUUUCCAGCCAGGAACUGCUGACUUGGUGUAAACCUAAUGUUACGAAUCCGGGAGGUCCUCGCCUUGUCAGCGCGACGGAGUUCUGCGUCUUGGGGUACUACAGUGAGAGCGGCGAACGCGAGAUGGCCCAUUACAAUUUCGCCCCCAUCGACCCGCGUUACAAUUUUCAGCUUUUCAACGCAGUCACAAAUAAAUACGUCUACCCCAGUGAUCUGCCAGUGUUGUGCCCGUAUCCGAAGCCCUUUGCAUUGUACUCGUGGUUGGUGAACAAGUUUUCACCUGCUGGUGCCUUAGUUGUGGACGACUUUUCUGGAUCGGGUACAGGUGUUAUUGCCUGCGUCAAAGCAAAUCGAAAUUGCCUCGUCGUGGAGAUUGACAAACGUUGCGCGAAGGUGAUUGGCAUGAGGCUUCUGACCGACAUCGGCUCCACGAUCGAGAGAGAAACCUCAAACGGUGGCGGUGGUUCCCCUUUCUUGAACGACGAGGUAGGGGGGAGAGCAGGGCGAGGGAAGCAAGGACAGAGUGGUGGCGGCGGCGGCGGCGGCGAUGAUGCCCGGGGGGAGAUGGAUGCCGAGGCGGGCCGCGGCGCUACGACGACUAUGGUUGCUUCGGAAUCCGCCGUCGGUGCUUCCAGCGCCGGCGGAGGUGGCUCCGUUGUCUUGAACAACGAGGUAAGGGGGAGAGCAGGGCGGGAGAAGCAAGGAGACAGUGGCGGCGGCGGGGAGAAAAUGCCAGAAGGGGGCGAAGGCGGUUAGGGCGGGAAGCAAGCGGGAGCGGGAGAGACAAAGGGAGGGGAAGAGACAGCGACGUGCAUUGUUUGCUUUGACGAUCUUUUCGUUGACUGUCCUUGCCCCUGCUGCGGGCAGACCAUUUGCGUCGCUUGCUUGCCAAAGUAUGCCGCAUCGCGCAUUAACGAUGGAGAGGUGAGAGAGAUCGGCUGUCCCCGGUGGCGGCUGCGCACGAUUGCUUGCGGAGUCUCAAGUGCGAGAACUGGUCGAUGGCAGCACCUUCAAGCGCUACCAAGAUCAGCUGGCGAAUAAAUUCGUUGCCGCAUC